UGGAGUGUUGAAACAUUUUAGGAGCAAUUUCGUCGAUAUUACAUAAUUAGCUUUCGUGGUGUAAUAUGUGAAAGCAGCAUAAAACCUAUGGACUUUCCUAGGAUUACAAGCGAUAUCAAAGUAUCAAUAUGAACAGAGCUGGGGAUGAUUUCGUAGUGGAUGGCUCCCGUGUUGUCAAUCUGCACAGAAACAAGGACAAAAUCGAAAGGUUGUUCGAUGUCACCGUUAAAUUUGGAAAUUUGGCCCGAGAUGCCGAGAAUCAAGAAAAACAGUGGGUAGGUCUUGCAGGUGAAAAGUCAGACAGGAAAAACGCAAAGGAAUACAUUGUUGCGUUGUGUCAUCCAGAAGACUUAAUUACGAUGAGAAUUCCUAAAACACUAUUCGGUACUGGUGGUGGUCAGCUUGAGAAAGUGGAAGCGCAGACACGGGCAGCUAUCAGCAUGAAAGACAACAAUGACAUAAUAAUAUCUGGUACAGAUUUAGCAGUGACACUGGCCAUGUCUGCUAUUGAAGACUUGAUUAUGAGAUCUAGUGAUGCAGACCAGGCUGAUUCCGCUCCUUUUGCGGAGGCCGAUUCUGAUAAGGCAAAGAAAGAAAAGAGGUUUUCUUCUGAUGCAGCACUACGACUAGACAGUAGGUUUGAACGUGCGUUGUCACAACACAGCGAUGGUUUGUGUACCUCCAAGGAUUACGAACACGCCUCUGGUGCUUUGAAGAGAGUUAUGCUGCAGUGCUUAGAAUACAGCCAGUCAGGGCAGGAUGACAGUGGAUUGUCAGCCAGUAUGGUUUCUGACACAGUUAUGAAUGAUGUUGAAAUCAUUGACACUGACCUGGGUGUUGCAAGUACGAGGAGAGGCGGUAACUCAGAAGCAGUUCCUAAUAUCUUGGAUCCUGCAUCAAGACAAACUUCAGCUUUUGUGACAAAUUUAGGACACCAAGUCAAUGAAAUAAAGCUGGAAUCUAAACCAAAUGACACCAAGCAGCGGGCAAAUUCUACUGCUGCAGGGAGUUCUUUUAAUUUACGAGACUUUGCGAGGCAGUGUGGGUAUGCAGAUGAUGAUAUUGAAACUGUGUUGAGGAGUGCACCAGCAUCGAUCACACCUAAAGAAUUUUUAACACGACUUUAUGAAAACAAAGCUCUUCAGCGAAGCAAAGAGCCUGAUAGUUUGCUAUUUUCAGAAUCUGUUGGUCAUACAAGUGAUGAUAGACAGAUCAGUAAGUCAAAUAUCAUCAAGAGUAAAAGUGACAGUGUAUACGAGGACAGACAAAGGUCAUCCUCGGAAGUUUUACUGAGUAAGGAAGUUGUGGUUGGCUCUCCCGCAAUUUCUGACUUCAGCUACUGGCAUCGGCUUGCCAGAGACUUCCAGGAGGAAGAUGACUGUACGAACAUUGAUGAAUUCAAACAGAGAAAUGCAGAGAGACAGAAAAUCAUCAAAUCUGUUAUGCAGCAAAGGGACCAGCAAUCUGUUGAAAGCAGAACAGUAUCUGGUGCAACAACGCAAGUGCCAAGAACACAAGCGCCAACUCAGCGAAAAGGGAAGAAACAGAAGAAAAAUAAACUCAAAGGCUCUAUUGCCAUAAGCCCAUCCCCAAAUGCAAACAUUGGGGCACAGUGUGAGGGAAAUGAUAGCCCUAAAUACAUUAUUGAUCUGACCACUGAGGAAAUGGAAGUUACUGAUGAAGGUGGGGCAGUAGGAGCUGGAAGCAGGCAGCGGGCACAAGUGUCCGAAGUGUCUAACGAGACUUGUCUGAUGGAGGUAUGGCAGCCGGAUGACCCUUCAAAGUUCAAUCAAUAUGCCCCGAAGGGUGGGCAGAAUGACCAGUUGUCCUACAGCAGCAAUUCUGAAGAAAACUCCUCUGGUCACUAUAGAGGAAAGCACUCUAUGCCAGUUCAGCCUCAACUUCGACAUAUUGUUAUAGAUGGCAGCAAUGUAGCAAUGUGCCAUGGAAAUGGGAAAUUCUUCUCUUGUGCUGGUAUUCAGAUUUGUGUAGACUUCUUUGUAAGACGGGGACAUACUAAGAUAACUGCGUUUGUACCUCAGUGGAGGCAGAGAAUGCCAACGUUUAAGAACCCAAUGAAGCAGCAGGAGCUGUUAGAAAAGCUCAAGGACCAGGGCUAUCUUGUAUUUACACCUUCUCGUAAUCUGAAUGGUAAAAGGAUGACCUGCUAUGAUGACAGGUUCGUGUUGCAAUUGGCAGAAACGACAGAUGGUGUCAUCGUGUCAAAUGACAAUUACAGGGAUCUCAUGGAUGAACAGCCAGGAUGGAAAAAGAUGAUACAUGAAAGGUUGCUAAUGUUUUCCUUUGUUGGGGACAUAUUCAUGCCACCUGAUGAUCCCUUGGGAAGAGAUGGGCCAACUCUUGAUGAAUUUCUGAGCAAAUCUCCCCAGCCUUCGUGCAAAAAGACUCGAGCUCUGUCCCCUCAAGCUUUUGCGCCUCAUCGAGCGAGCAGGCCUAAUUUCAGGAAUCCACAUAGUCAGUUUCAGGGAAACAGCAUUGCAUAUCCUGGGCAACAACAACAACAACCUCGGCAGUUGUGGAAUCCCAGGCGUAGUAAGUCCGCCUCAGGGCGUUCACAGGAAGAGACAGAUCACCUGGCAACUCUGCUGAGGAAUCUGUUCCCAAACAAAGACCAAGAGGAGAAGAUCCUUCAGGUUUUACAGAAUCACCGAGCAGAGAAGGAUGUUAACAAACUGUCCAACUACAUCAUGAACAUCUGCACAUAGCUCCUGUGAUACAGUACUCAUUCUUUUUAGUCAUCUGUUUAUUCAUUUCAGUUGCUCUUCAUGUCAGUGUGGCACCACACUCAUACCUGUGGCUUGAAUGAAAUGGUUUUUAUUUCUAUUUUACUUUGAACAUUUUGUGUUUGUGUGGAUAUCUCUUGGUGUGACUAGUACAAUUUACUGACAAUCACAGUUUUCAGUGCUUUUAAUAUCAAAGU